GCCGUGCGCAUGCGCAUCAAGCGCUCUCCGAACUGUGUACGGUUUCCGAGCAACGCCACCACAUUAGCUCGUGCAGGAAGGAAUUUCGAAAGCGAACACGACAGGCACGUUUUCUUCUUCUCUGUGUAUUAUAUGAGUGAGACAGAAUGGAUGAAGUGAGAAAGAUGUUGUUGUUGGUUACUGAGAAGCAUCAGCUCUUUAAGCAGCAGCAGUUCAGCUUCAUAGCGGCGCUGGAGCGCUCCCGAGAGCACGCGUACCACCGGACACAACCCGUGUCUACUGUCACACAGGUGCAACGGUACAUGACACACCACUGCAGCAAUGCCACAGACAGGCGGGUCUUCUCACUCUUCCUGGACAUCAUGGACGCUCUCAGGGCGGCGUUUCAAAAAAUUGAAUUUUUAGCAUCAGUCCAGAACCACUCAAGUAAAGCUCUGGACACUUGCAGGAAUGUUUUCAGCCCUGACUGUGACUUCAGCCAGUUCCAAGCACAUUACCCACAUGAUGCGGUGAACCGUCUGAGUUGUAACGAGGCUCAAAACUACUAUGGAGGAGUCGUCAGCGUGAUUCCUAGGACUCUGGACCUGCUCAGCAUAACCCUCUCAGAACUGGAGCAAGCUAGUACCAAAAGGGUUUCUCAGACGGAUAUUAUGGCGUCUGAGCAUGGAACAGCAGCUGAUAACACAGAGAACAUGCUCAUGCGGUCCUCCAAGCCUGCGUGUAAAGCUGCAGAUGGAUGGAAGCCUGCAUGGAGGCCACCAGGUCGCAGAAGAAUGUGAAAACACACCGGCAUUUUGUUUCUCUCUCUCUCUCACCGCCCAAGCGAAGCACCCAAAGCAAGGUUAUGACAUCAUCUAUCCCACCUACAUCGAUCAUAGCUGCUUCUUUUUUUUUUUUUUGCCUUUCUUUCACAGUUGUAUCUGACUAUUGAUUUGUUGAUGAUGCACAAAGUAUUUACAGUGCUUGAUUCGUAGGGGAGGAAAGAAAUAACAAAUUGUUACGAGACAAAACAGCUUAACGAUAUUUCCGUGUCAUUCGUUCGAACGUCACGAAGACCCUUUGGCUUGGACAAACGCGUACGAGCUCGUAAACUAAUUGGGAAGUUACAAAAGCAAAACACAGCAAUUAAAGCAAUACGUGUUCUAGUUAAUACGGUAAGGGGCCAAACACAAUCCACACACAACAUAACCACCACUGCAGCGUGUUUUACACACAUCUGAAGCUGAAAUGUCUAGCAAACAAUCCAAUACAGGAACAAAACCAAAUUGGAUCGAUAAACGUCUCAAGUGUACUUCUUUUUUGAAAUUUUUUUUUUUUAUACCAUAGCGCAUAAGUGCUCUUAUUUCACACCGCGGUGGUUACGAGACUAUAAGAGUGGAUGAAUUGGUUAAAGCUACAAUCAGUAUGAUUUAGGUGCGAGUUUUAAUGAAAAUGAUGAACUGUG